AUGGAAGCUCUCCUACCGGAAUCAUCCUUGGCCGGAGGGGCCAGUAAGAGGUGGAAGUGGGGAGAUUCCUGGAGCGCCGUCGUGGUUGGAAGGCGGUCGCUGAUCACUACGGUGCUGGUGGGACUGUCUGUCUUGGGGGUGUUUCUGCUCAACUCUUCUUCUCCUGCAGAUUUCCUCUCCAUCUCACAAUUACCCAAGGAGAACAAUGUGACGGAGUCAAAGCUAGAGAGAAUUCUGAGAGAAGCUUCUAUGGAGGAUAAGACAGUGAUACUGGCGACCCUGAACGAUGCGUGGAUUGAACCCGGUUCGAUAUUCGACCUGUUUCUGGAGAGUUUUCGGAUCGGGAACAACACACAGAAGCUGUUGAAUCACCUGGUGCUCGUAACUUGGGAUCAUAAGGCUUAUAAUCGUUGCUUGGAGGUGCAUCCACAUUGUCAUCAGAUGGAGACGAAAGGUGAUCAAGGAGAUUAUGGCGGCGAUACGUUCUUCAUGACCCCAAAAUAUCUCCACAUGAUGUGGCAAAGAACUGAGUUCCUUAGUUCUGUUCUUCAGACUGGUUACAGCUUCGUCUUCACGGACUUAGAUAUAAUGUGGCUUCGAGACCCAUUUGAGAGGUUUUUCAAAGACGUAGACUUUCAAAUUGCUUGUGAUCACUUUAAUGGAAACUCUACAAACGUAAAAAAUUGGCCAAAUGGAGGGUUCUUGUACGUAAGAUCAAAUCCUAAGACUAUAGAUUUCUAUAAGUUGUGGAUUGAGUCAAGAACAAUUGACCCAAAACUAAAUGAACAAGAUGUGCUUAACAAGAUCAAGACUCACCCCUUUGUGUCUCAAAGGAAGAUGACGAUUAGGUUCCUUGACACAGCUUAUUUUGGAGGGUUUUGUCAAGUAAGUAGGGAUUUCAACAAAGUUUGUACCAUGCAUGCCAAUUGUUGUGUGGGUUUGGACAACAAGAUCUUUGAUCUUAAGAUUUUGCUUCAAGACUGGCGACGCUACAUGGCUUUGAAUCUAGAUCAGAAAUUACAUUUACACCCUUCUUGGAGGGUUCCAAACCGGUGCAGAACGUCAUUCAAACGAGCCGCACAAAAGAGGAAUAAAGAGAACAAUGAGAAAUCGCCGCCAUCGAAGACGUACAAACAUAAUUGAAGAAGCUUAUAAUUGGAUAAAGAGAGUGAUUGAAGCCUAUUUAUCAGAGUUUAUGAUCGUGGCAAGCCAAUUGCUAGUCAAGUUCAUAUUGAAAAUGAAGGAAUAUAGAAAAGCAAAUGUUAAUUAUACAUUCAAGUUCUUGAGACAAAGUUGAAGCAACCUAUGAAUUUCAAUACUCAUAGUUAACAUGUAGUCCUAAAAUUUUAAUUCUUUUAUAUCUUUUUUUAAUCUUUAUUGUUGUAUAGUUAUAAGUGCUUCUUCUUUCUUUCUUUCUUUCUUUUUUAAUUUGAAAAAAAAGCACAAAGUUGUAAGAUGAUGAAUCUUCCAUUAUAUGAUCAAUGAUGUUUAAGCAUUA